AACGUCCUGCCUUGUGCACUUGCCUGCUGGUGCUUUGGUCAGGACUUCCCCAAGCCGACUGAGACUCAGAAGCUGAGAAACUGAGUCGCUGUGAGAGGAUGGGGAAUUACCUCCUGAGAAAACUCAGUUGCCUGGGAGAUAAUCAAAAGAAGCUCAGGAAGGUAAAUCCUGAUGCAGACAGAAAAUGGCAGGAAGUGACUGCAUUGGAAAGAAAUAAUCAAAGUCAAGAUAAGAAAAAUCAAGAAGUAUCAUCUACUUUUAAUCAGGAAAUUGAGAAUGGCAGUGGCUCUGAAGAAGUGUGCUACACUGUCAUUAAUUACAUCCCCCAUCGGAGGCCCUCCCUGAACUCCAACGAUAAUGGUUAUGAGAACAUUGACUCCACCACAAGGAGAGUGAGACAGUUUAGAGAAGAAACUGAAUAUGCCCUUCUUAGGACUUCUGUUACCAGGCCUCCUUCCUCCACCCAGGAGCAUGACUAUGAACUUGUGCUUCCACACUAA